AUGAAUCCAGACGAUGACCAUGAUCGGUCGUCCUCGACACCGAAUGGGACAUCUAAACAGGGCAAUCACAUUGCCUCGGAGCAAAAACGACGCGCAGCCAUUCGUGAAGGCUUCGAUCGCUUGACAGAACUGGUGCCUGGUCUGGAGGGCCAGGGCCGAAGUGAGAGCAUCGUUCUACAAAAGACCGUGGACUUUAUCCACGUGAAGCUGCAAGAACGCCACGAUCUUAUCGCAGAGAUCGAAAGCAAAGGCGGCCGUGUGGACGACUCUUUUCGCCCAACAUGA